CAUACAGCCCGAAGGCGGGACUUAGAAUGACUGCCUGAAAGGCAACAUUGCCCAAGUCGCCAUUGAGAGCGAGCGCAUAUUUGAUAUUGUAGAAAUUAUCCGUUGAAGGCUAACCAGUGUUUAUUAUUGAGACGAGGAGAAAAGGACAACACUACAUACCACAGCUUUAGGGCAAAUAGACGUAUUUGACAGGUUUAGACUCACUGUAUGUGUUUACAAAAACAUCGUUUCAUAUCCGUGUCUGACACUUUUUUGCCAGGGUUCUUUGUGUGUCGACAAUGGUUUGUUUUUCUCCGUCAGGAUCUCUCGUGAUGAUCGGAUCAUUUUAAAUGAAUGAUAGAGAUUUAGUCAUCCUGUUUAAAAGGGCGGACGUCUGGUUAAGGGCAGAAAGCAGAGGAUAGAUAGGAUUUCAACAUUUAGACAACAAGGAGUUUGGAAAGGAGAUGGGGAAUUGUCUGAAAUCUCCCACUUCGGAUGAUAUCUCCUUGCUCCACGAAUCACAGUCAGACAGGGCCAGUUUUGGUGACGCCAACGAUCCGGAUCUGGAGCCGCCACCUCCAUAUCAGGAGCAGAUCCAUGUGCCUGUGUAUCACCCCACUCCCAGCCAGGCCCGGCUGGCAACCCAACUGACCGAAGAGGAGCAGGUGCGGAUCGCUCAAAGGAUCGGCCUCAUCCAGCAUCUUCCCAAAGGUGUCUAUGAUCCAGGCAGUGAUGGCACUGAGAAGAAGAUUCGAGAGUGUGUGAUCUGCAUGAUGGACUUUGUGUACGGAGACCCCAUCCGGUUCCUCCCCUGCAUGCACAUCUACCACCUGGACUGCAUAGAUGACUGGCUGAUGAGGUCCUUCACAUGUCCCUCCUGUAUGGAGCCUGUAGAUGCUGCCUUGCUCUCGUCCUACGAAACUAACUGACUACUGCCUGCACUGAUCACCGACCUACACGCGCGCGCGCACACACACACACACACGCACACUCUCACUCUCUCUCUCACACACACACACACACACACACACACACACACACAACCCUUGAGUCCUGUCCUCACAUGGCCCCUUUGCAUAAAGAGACAAACUGUCCGCUCGACUGGGGCAUGGGAUGGUGUGCUUGUGGCAUCAUGGGAUAAAGGAGGCCACACUGAUAAUUAAACCUCCUGCAUGGUCCUGCUGGACAGGGAAAUCUGCAGGAGCCCUUUUGCACCCUGACAACUUUAUCAUGUGAUUCCUUUUUCUCUCAUCGACGACACCCAGACAAGCCGGUCACACACCAUUCCACUGUAGCAACACUUACACUGGAAGGAGAUGAACCUUCGAGAAACAUACCGGAGGACUUUUAAAAACGCAUCUUUAACAUUCAAUCUCUAUUUAUUUCUUUCUCUCUGUGUCUGUUUCCAUAAAGGGCUCGUUUGAUUUCUGCCGAAGCUGCAGUGGAGCAAAACCAAUGGCAUUGCACAUACACGCGCAAAGAAAGAAAAGAAAAAGUCUCAUCAUGAAUUUUGCACUUUUGACUCAAAGAAUUAAGCCCAACUUUACACACACACACACACACACACACGCAAAUGUGCAUCACACAAGACUUUUAUUUAACUACAUGUUAGCUUUGUUGAGUUUGUAUGUUUGUUUGGUUGUUUUAAACUACUCGAUGUACACUUCAGCUACCCAAUUUGUGUUGAGAAAUUAGCAUCUCUCUAUAUCGCUUGCGAGCACCAAGUCUGAGUGGAUUUGGUGCAGCAAUUAAUGAAUAAAUACAGUAAAAUACA